AGAGAAGAGAGAGGAGAGCGCGAGGCGAGAGAGAGAGAGAGAGAGAGAGAGAGAGAGAGAGAGAGAGAGAGAGAGAGAGAUAGGACUUCCUCCCCGUUCGCAAAGUGAAGUCACUUCCCAAAAUUAGCUGAAAAAAAGUUUCAUCCGGUUAACUGUCUCUUUUUCGCUCCGCUACAACAACAAACGUGCACAGGGGAGCGAGGGCAGGGCGCUCACAGGGGGCACUCAGGGAGGGCCCAGGGCGCCAGGGAGGCCGCGCCGGGCUAAUCUGAAGGGGCUGCGAGGUCAGGCUGUAACCGGGUCAAUGUGUGGAAUAUUGGGGGGCUCGGCUGCAGACUUGGCCAAAUGGACGGGACUAUUAAGGAGGCUCUGUCGGUGGUGAGCGACGACCAGUCCCUCUUUGACUCAGCAUACGGAGCGGCGGCCCAUCUCCCCAAGGCCGACAUGACCGCUUCGGGGAGUCCUGACUACGGGCAGCCCCACAAAAUCAACCCUCUCCCACCACAACAGGAAUGGAUCAACCAGCCUGUGAGGGUCAACGUCAAGCGGGAGUAUGACCACAUGAAUGGAUCCAGGCGCCAGCUGCCUCAUUAAAGAGCAGUCUUUAUGCUGGGCUUCACCUGUACCCACCCUUAGCAGUAGCUGUUGAGCCCCAUGGCCACACUGUCUGGCGGAGGCACAGAGAAUGGAGGGAAGUCUGGCAGGCGAGCGGGAGAGGGAGUCUCCGGUGGACUGCAGCGUUAGCAAAUGUAGCAAGCUUGUAGGAGGAGGCGAGUCCAACCCUAUGAACUACAACAGCUACAUGGACGAGAAGAACGGCCCCCCUCCUCCCAACAUGACCACCAACGAGAGGAGAGUCAUUGUGCCCGCAGACCCCACGCUGUGGACGCAGGAGCACGUGCGGCAGUGGCUAGAGUGGGCGAUAAAGGAGUACGGCUUGAUGGAGAUUGACACCUCCUUUUUCCAGAACAUGGAUGGCAAGGAACUGUGUAAAAUGAACAAGGAGGACUUCCUCCGAGCCACCUCGCUCUACAACACGGAAGUGCUGUUGUCACACCUCAGUUACCUCAGGGAAAGUUCACUGUUGGCCUAUAAUACAACCUCCCACACAGACCAGUCCUCACGACUAAGUGUCAAAGAAGAUCCUUCUUAUGACUCAGUCAGGAGAGGAGGAUGGGGCAAUAACAUGAAUUCUGGCCUCAACAAAAGUCCUCCCCUUUCAGGGGCACAAACGAUGAGUAAGAACACAGAACAGCGGCCCCAGCCAGAUCCAUAUCAGAUCUUGGGCCCCACCAGUAGCCGUCUAGCCAAUCCUGGAAGUGGGCAGAUCCAACUGUGGCAAUUCCUCCUCGAGCUACUCUCUGAUAGUGCCAACGCCAGCUGUAUCACCUGGGAGGGGACCAACGGGGAGUUCAAAAUGACGGACCCCGAUGAGGUGGCCAGGCGCUGGGGAGAGCGGAAAAGCAAGCCCAACAUGAAUUAUGACAAGCUGAGCCGGGCCCUCCGAUAUUACUACGAUAAAAACAUUAUGACCAAAGUGCAUGGCAAAAGGUAUGCCUAUAAAUUUGACUUCCACGGCAUUGCCCAGGCUCUGCAGCCACAUCCAACCGAGUCGUCCAUGUACAAGUACCCUUCCGAUAUCCCCUACAUGCCUUCCUACCACGCCCACCAACAGAAGGUGAACUUUGUCCCUCCCCACCCUUCCUCCAUGCCUGUCACUUCUUCCAGCUUCUUUGGAGCAGCGUCACAAUACUGGACCUCUCCCACUGGUGGGAUCUACCCUAAUCCCAAUGUCCCUCGUCAUCCUAACACCCAUGUGCCUUCGCACUUAGGCAGUUACUACUAGAACCUUACUCAUCAGCGGCCUUCUAGCUGAAGCCCCAAUUCUCACUCUUCCUGGACACUUUGGACUCUAAAGGACAUAGGUGGCCUUGAAGAGAAAACAAAACUGGAUCUUCUUUUUCAUUGGAUAGAACUUUUGUAUUUGUUCUUAAAAACAUUUUUUUUAAUGUCAAUAACUUUUUCUUCCUCUACCUAAACAAAGAGAUGGAACAUUCCAUGGGCCAGUACGCCAUUUUGGAUUCUCAAUCUCCUAUCAUCAUAUGAGUUGAGUAUUUAGAUGACUGGAAUGGUUAUAUCAUGGUUCUGAGAAAGAAGCUAUGAUUUUCUUUAUAUUUGUGUGAGCAGAGCAGUUUCUUAUCAACACACGGGUCUCAUCAUUGUAGAAUUCAGUACAAUAAUAGAUCAUGGACUUAACCAGUCAUGUUCUGGUUUGAGACUUAGUGAAAAUAGACACAGGAAGCUUAUAAUCUUUUGGGGGGGGGAACCUAACUCAGUGGAUGGCAACUGGAACACUGGCUGUUAGCCAGUGAUGUUUUCACCCAACUGGAAUUUGAAAGAAAGAACAUAUAUGUGUGUAUUUAAGAAGCCAUGGGCAUUGCAAAAUCCCAUCCGUGGGCAAUAUGUACUCACUGACCAUUCUCUCUAGAAAUAGUCAAGAAUAUGAACUAAGAAAUUUUAAUGCAAAUACAGACAUUCCUAAAAGACAGAGAAUUAAAUAAAUUUUUUAAAUGACAGUGGGUCCCAGAACUUUGAAAAGUCAUAGGGAUUUCUAACUUGAAGAGAUUCGCAAGCGCUGUGCGUUUGUCAGACCAUCAGACCAGGGUCAAUCAUUCAAAAGGCAACUUACUGUAUAAAUUAUGCAGAGUUAUUUUCCUAUAUCUCACAGUAUUAAAAAGUAAAUAGAUUAAAAAAUUAAAAAGAUAAAUAAACGAGUUGACCUCGGUCACAAAUGCAAUUUUACUAUCAAAUCAGUCAUUGUUAUUUUUUUAAUGUAAUUUGUACAUCUUUUGUCAAUCUGUACAUUUGGGCUAUUUGUACGUUUUUAUAGCUGGUUUUUAAAAAGCAUAAUGUGACUAUUGCUGAAAAGAAAACAGGGCGUUUAAGUCAUUGAUUUACUGGGAAGAGAAGCACUGGUACAGUUAUUUUACAGGAAUGCACAGGCAAGAAAGGACAAUCCAUUUAAAUCUUUAAUGCUUUGGAAACGUUUGUAAAUAACAGAACUGCAAUAAUCUCAACGCUAAAGAGAACAACCAAACUUUCCCUUGUGGAGACGAGGGAUUUUCCUGCUCCAUAUAUGCAAUAUAUUUUUUAGACAUUAAAAUAUAUAUAAUUUUGCAGGUAAUCGUUGACUUUUUAACUAUAUUAAGUGUUAAGCUGACAACUGUCAAUGAAGACUAUGUUGUAAAAUAAUUUGACUAAAUAAAUUGUGCCUUCUUCUCUCAGAACUGCUGACACUGUUUUUUUAUUUACCCACUGGUCAAAUGGUUUACCAGGGCAAGUUUCCUACUCAGCACUUAUAACAAGAAUUUCUUCAAAUACAUACACAAUUCCAUAUAGUAGAAGGUAUAAAAUUCAUGUGGGUUGGCAUUGUUGUUGAUAAUGUUGGCAGUUUUUUUGGUUUUUUUUUUUAAUGCUAUAAAUCUUCUUUCAGUCUGAAAUGGUUUUAUAAGAGGAGAACAAAGGCCAUGGAUAAUCUGUGUCCAAGGACCAGAACAAAGCAAACAGAUCCAUCCAGGAUGGACCUCGUCCAUUGCACCUACCGAGCACUUCAAAACCAGGUGGUCAACCUCCUGACUUUCCCAAAAGAGAACAAGAGCCCAGCUUCCUUUUGGUCCCAUGCCAGGAUUUUAUGGACCGUGCAGAUUUUUAAGGUCCUUUUCCUUUCCAGAGAAGAAACUUGCUUCAAAUUGCUUAACUGUUAUGUAGUUUGUUUUCAUUUCCUCUAUUACACAAUCAAAAGGAAUGAAACCCUGAAAGUCCUUCAUGUUGCAAGGACACUCACAGCAUUAGCAACCUGUGGCAUUCUCAGGUAAAAUGGAGUACAUGCUGGUUCCUGUCUACCAAAUGAAAAGAGAUGUGUUCCUGAACAUUGGUGUCCAUUUUUUUAAUCUUGCACCUCACCAUUAAAAAAUAUGUUAAACACAUAUUUUCCAUAUAUGCACAAUGACAUAUACAACGGUUACAUUAUUACUACA